AUACGCGUAAGUACCUAGUUCAAGGUCACGCGUCCCUGUUGUAAUUUCUACUUUAUAAAAUAUUUACGCUCGCCUAGACUUUCUCAUAAGCCAUAAUGUCUAAGAGUAAAGCUAUUCAUGAACCUGAGGACAGUGAAGCUGUCGAUGUACAGCUACUCCUACUCGAGUCAAAACGCAACGCCAUUUUCGAAAUUGUACAACAUAUUUACGAUUUAACGCCCGAUAUACAUAAAAAUGUUACGGCAAGGGACACUUUCCUCUGUGGAAGCGCAAAUAUCGAUACACUUCGUCUCGAUUUCCAAAAAUUGGUAGACGAUUAUAACUACCGCUUGUUAACUGUAACGCCCGGGGUAAAACCCGAUUAUAAAUGUUUAGUCUCAUUCGAACAAAUAUAUAGUCGCAUUAAACAACUGCGCAGUCAAUAUUCUUCUUGCACUUCUCAAGUUCAAAACACCAACCCGCGUAAAAGUCACCCGAGCUUGCCACCCAUUGAGUUGAUGUCUUUCUCUGGCGAUAUUCGCUCAUGGCCUCUAUUUUACGCAAGUUUUAAAUCCACUGUACACGAUAAUCCAUCGCUCACUGAUGCUGAGAAGCUGUACUACCUGCUAGGAAAGAUCUCGGGCAAGGCUCACGCUGCGUGCGCAGGCAUUACGCCGUGCGCAGAGAAUUAUAACCUUUUAUUUGAAACGCUCAUUGAGAAGUACGAAGACAAACGUACGCUCGCUUCUACCUACAUUAAUCAAUUAUGUGAUUUUAAACCGCUGACUUCUGCGUCCGUCAAUAAUUUUGAGUCGUUUUCUGACAAGUUCGUAAGCGCAGUUCGCGCAUUGAAAAACCUCAAACUUGAUAAUUUAACGGAUUUUAUUCUACUUCAUAUCGCUCUUAAAAAGUUCGAUUCUGAUACAGUUCGCGCGUUUGAAAUGAGUAUUGACUCAAAUAAUAUUCCCACGUUUGACGAGUUUGUAACUUUCAUAAAUAAACAAGCAAAAAUAUUGCAACGCUCGCCUACUACAGCUCACCCUGUAAGUAGUGCUAAAAAAGAUAAUACCCUUUCGCGCCCCCGCUCUAAUAAUGUAAACGCAUCGCCGCCGCACUAUCAGGCCUAUCUGAGUACGGUAGAUUCCGCAAACAAAUGUUUGUGUGCUAAUAUUACGCACCAACAUUUAUUUAAAUGCCCCGAUUUUAAUAAGUUGAUCCCGGACGAACGUUUCAAGGCCGUGAAGGAAAGAAACGGGUGUGUUAACUGUUUGAGUUUAAUACACCGAGUUUCAAAUUGUAAUUCAAAUCUGAACUGCCGGGUUUGUAAAUUAAAACAUCAUACGCUACUUCACUUCGAACGGGAAUCGAACCGCAACCUCUCCGCGUCGACGGCACCGUCGACCGCGCCAUCGCGUCCCGCGCAACCGCCGCCGCCCGUCGCGCCCGCACUGUGCGAGCGCGCGGACGUCGCGUUGUGUGCAACCGGCCCAACGACCGCGACGACACCGCGCGUUGAUAAUGAACAACUUGCCGCGUCUACUACAAUUCUGCUUGCCACCGCGCAAGUAGCCGCGUACGAUAGUAGUGGUAAUUGUCAUCACAUUCGUGUUUUACUUGAUUCUGCUUCUCAGAGUCAUUUUAUAACUAAAGAAUGUUGCGAACGUUUAGGUAUACAACGUAAACAAAUCGAACGCACAAUUAUAAAGGGUUUCGGUGGAUCGGAGAAGGUACUUAAGGGGUCAGUCGAUUUCGAAUUUCAUUCCCGCUUUAAUUCAAAUAUUAAAUACAAUAUUUGCUCGCUGGUCGUAGACCAAAUAACGGAUUGUUUGCCGACUGCCGUGGUUGACAGAUCUGCGCUUCCGCAAUUGAAUAAUUUACCGCUCGCGGAUACUACUUUCGCGACUCCUAAUAAAAUAGACGCUUUGAUAGGUGCAUCGCUUUUCCCGCAUUUGUUAUUACCCGAUGUUGGAGGAAGUGACUUCACGUCGGCGCCCGCGCCCGCACCCCGCGCUGUUAACACAGUUUUGGGUUAUGUUAUUAUGGGUUCCGUACCCACUAUUUGUAACGCCGCGGUCUCUUCACUAACUGCUUGCUGCGUAGUUGAGGAGCCAAUUAACACGCUUGUAAAAAGGUUCUGGGAAUUGGAAGAACUUACCGCUUCGCCCGUUCAAUGUGCCGAGGACGUUGAAUGUGAUGUCUUCUACCGCGCGACCACUGCGCGUGAUCCCACUAGUGGUCGAUAUAUUGUUGGCUUACCGUUCUGUGAGGACGUCUUCUCGCUUGGUGAAUCUUAUGAUAUUGCCCGCAAACGCUUUCUGUGUUUAGAAAGAAAGUUAGAAGCUUUACCUAAUUUGAGAUCUGCUUAUGAUGAAGUCAUCACUGAGUACAUCGAUAAAGAGUACAUAUCGCCCGCACCUUCUGACGACUCUAGUAAGUCGCUGUUACCCAUGUAUGUUAUUCCGCAUCACGGAGUUGUUCGGGAGGACAAAGCUUCUACUCGCUUACGCAUCGUUUUGGACGCCAGCAGUAAGACUGGUUCCGGACGCUCUUUAAAUGACGUCCUGCACAGUGGGCCGAAUUUACAAGGCAAUCUUUUUGAGAUCAUUUUAAACUUUCGCAUUUACCCUGUCGCUUUAACGGCUGAUUGUCGUCAGCAGUUUCUCCAGAUCGUUAUGCGAGACAUCGAUCGUCGCUAUCAACGCAUUCUUUACCGCUUUAAUCCACAAGACCCGCUUGUUCUUUACGAGUUCAACCGCGUUUGCUUCGGCUUGAAGUCUAGCCCGUACCAUGCACUGCGCACGGUACAGCAGCUUGUCUCCGAUGAUGGUUCUAAAUAUCCGCGUGCGAGCGAGAUAGCGUCCAAUGCGCUUUACAUGGAUGACAUUGCGUUCUCUGUAAUGAAGGCGGAGGAUGGCGUCGCCGCCUCUAAGGAACUCAUCGACUUGUUCAAGACAGCUCAGUGGGUCUUGGUCAAGUGGAAUAGCAACUCGCAGACGGUUUUAGAUUCUAUUCCCGCUUCGCACAAACUCACUAAAGAGGUCGAGUUUGAUAAAUCCAUGCAGCACAAAAUACUGGGCUUGCAUUGGUCCACGCAAUCUGAUUAUUUUUAUUUUCAAGUCGCGCCUCGCGAGCAGGAUAAGUGUACUAAGCGCACUAUCCUCUCCACUAUUGCCCGCUUGUGGGACAUCAUGGGAUUUGUUGCUCCGACUAUCCUAUACGCUAAACUUUUGAUAAAACAGCUCUGGCAGCUGGGAAUCGACUGGGAUGAUGAGCCGCCGCCACACAUCAUUAAGAUAUGGAGACAGUUUUGUCACGAGCUUCCAUUGCUCAAUGAUUUUAAAAUACCGCGACAUGUAGGUGUGGUGGAAGACUGCGUCGUCACUUUAGUCGGAUUCUCAGACGCCAGUGAGCUCGCGUACGGAGGUGUGGUAUACCUUCACGUACAGUCCGCUAGUGGUAACACCGUGCAGCUCGUGUGCUCGAAGUCCAAAGUUGCGCCCUCGCAACCGCUCACUAUCGCUCGUCUCGAGCUCUGCGGAAUCGUGUUAUUAUCUAAAUUACUUCGCACAGUUUUAAAUAAUUACGCUGGCCGCUUUGCCGUUAACGUUUGCGCUUUUACCGACUCUAAAGUCGCUUUAUAUUGGAUUAAAAGUUCGCCCCACCGCUGGCAAACGUUCGUCGCAAAUCGCGUCGUCCAGGUGACUGACAACAUCGCCGCUGAUAACUUUCAUCACGUCUCCGGAGUGGAGAACCCCGCAGACUGUUUGUCGCGUGGCGUUACGCCACAGAAGCUUAUUUCGCACCCCCUGUGGUUAAAGGGGCCUCCGUGGCUUGCGAUGGACCCGUCACAGUGGCCUAUUAAUAAAGAGUCCGAGGUACAGUCUAUUGAAGAUAUACCUGAGAGGAAGAUUUUAGCACACCCUGUGACUGCUCCCGCGCAUGACUGCGCUAUAUACAACCUUGCUCAGCGCGUGUCAUCUUGGACGAAGCUAUUACGCGUGAUUGUAUUUGUAUGCAGAUUCACUAAAUUGUUACCUCGCCGUGAGUCCAUGUCCGUUACCGCUAGCGACAUGGAGUUCGCUGAAAUUAAAAUAUUACAAAUUAUACAACGCAAAUAUUUCGUCGACGAAUUAAAUAACUUACGCAAUAAUAAAUGUUGUUCUCCCGCAUUUAAUAAGUUAUGCGCGUUUCUGGACAAUGGUCUGAUUAGGGUAGGCGGUCGUCUCGUCAAUUCUGAUUUAGAUUAUUCCCAUAAACAUCCCGCUAUUUUACCGCGACAUGACCAUGUCAUCGACCUUAUUAUUGAUCAUUAUCAUAAAACGCAUUUACACGCUGGUCCCGAGCUUUUGAUGUCUCUCCUUAGACAAAGGUUCUGGAUACUGUCCGCCCGUCGCGCUGUGAGACAGAGAGUCCACAGAUGUAACAAGUGUUUUCGCAUGAAACCGCGACCCACAUUUCCGCUUAUGGCAAAUUUGCCUGACACUCGUACUACACGAGCUGUCAAAGCUUUCACGCACACCGGCUGCGAUUACGCAGGCCCUAUUUCUUAUACGCCCGUUAGGCGUCGCGGAGUUCAAAGUUUGAAGGGUUACAUCUGUGUCUUCACGUGUCUGACGACACGAGCGGUACAUAUUGAGAUCGCUACUGACCUUAGUACUCCCAGCUUCUUAGCUGCCUUAAAACGCUUUCUCGCGCGCCGUGGUCCGGUACAGUGUAUGUAUUCCGACAACGGAACCAACUUUCAAGGCGCUAAGUCCUAUCUCCGUGAGUUAUAUGAUUUCCUUAAUAAAGAUUAUCGCCCUCGUUUCGAAGAGGAGUUAACAGAAAAUCGCAUCGAGUGGAAAUUUAUCUGCCCGAAUUCACCGCAUUUCGGCGGCUGUUGGGAGAGCAUGGUCAAAAUUAUUAAAACGCAUUUAUUUAAAGUCAUUGGACAACAACUUCUGUCGUAUGAAGAACUUAGUACGGUUCUAACGCAAAUAGAGUGUCUGCUUAAUUCGCGUCCUUUGACUGUUUUAAGUUCCGACCCCGCGGAACCUACCGCGUUGACGCCAAGUCACUUCCUCCACACCGCGCCUCUAUCUUCCCUACCCGCGCCUGAAGUAGAUUGUAAUAACCUUAACUUACUUCAUAGGCAUUCACUGCUCGAUAAACUCGUUCAGUCUUUCUGGGAGCGAUGGAGGAUUGAGUACUUACACAAUCUUCAAUCGAGAGAGAAGUGGAAUACCGCGUCUGUUCCCAUUACGCCGGGGACAGUUGUUAUUAUUUUAACCGAUAAUGUACCUCCUCUCACAUGGCCGUUAGCGGUUGUAGAGAAGGUCCAUCCCUCAAAGGAUGGUAUAGUUCGCGUGGCUACUGUUAGGACUUCUAGAGGUACAUAUCUUCGUCCUGUCGUACGCUUAUGUCCUCUGCCUAACCAGUAAGUUUAAUUUCGCAUUCGCGCAUACUCUUAGACAUUAAGUUUAUUUGUAUAUAUCUAUUAUACGUUAAUUAGUUAUCUAUAACACGCUAUUUGUUUCGCAUAUCGUAACUUAAGUUUAUGUAACUUCGCAUAUAUUUCAUAUUUUUCCCCUUUAUGAUAGUUUCUUAAAGGUGACCCUUUAAGGGGGGCUGGAAAUGGUGGCGCCAUCUAUUGAUUUAAGUAAAUAAAUUAGUAUUGUCUCAUGAUUCCCGCUACCCCUUCCCUGUGCACGUCACAACAAGUGUGCUGAUUGGCCAUUGCGUGUCAUCAGCCCCGCUCCGCGACGCGAAGAACAACCGCCAACCGCACCAGUAUGAAAAUUUACUCCAACGCGCGCGUGUGUGUUACUGCAAUACCUCGCGUCUAAGUCGCAUAUCGCUAAAUUCGCUCCAGAUGUAAACAGUUUUGUUAGAUCUUCGCACCCCCAUCGCUUCAAAGGGUUGCGUAGGCGACUGAGCCACCGUUGUGAACUGGACUGUGCUGUGAAGUGCUGUGUGCUCUGAAUCCCCGGGGAUAUCGUCGUUCGCUGGCGGUUUCAUCGAAAGGUAAGGCGUGCACAUCCUUUAUUUCCUGUCCAUUUUACAGCGUGAGACACUUAUUUACAAUAGAAUCUUACAAAUUCUUAAUUAUCGAAGGCAAACAUAAAGUUCAGCCGCUGGCGCGU